AUGAAUACAGUCAUUAACUGAUUUUUUUCUUUAAUAAAUAAGCAUAAAGAUUUAUGUACAAUUCUAUUCUUCAAUGAUUUGCUUGUUCUGAUGUACUUAUAAAAUUUAGUGCGAACCACUUACCGGAAAUUGAGCAGCCGACAUUUCGCAAGAAGUAAUACAUGCCUGCACUGACUUUUAAAAUCCUUAAGUCCAUGCGACAGAGCCUUAACCUGUAACUACGUUACGUACAACUGUUAUUAGUUUUCUUACAAAAACUAAACUAUUUCUCUACCACAUGGCUGCUUCUGGAAUUAUCACAAUAGAUGGAGGAGUUCUUGAAGGGGGAGGACAAAUCCUUCGGAAUGCUGCCACCUUAUCAUGUUUACUCGGCCAACCGAUAUCUGUGAACAACAUUCGAGCAGGACGAAAUAAUCCUGGCUUGAGACCACAGCAUCUGUCAGGGCUUCAGCUAAUAGCAGAGGUAUGUGGAGCCAAACUGAGUGGUGCCACUGUUGGCUCAACUGAGAUAAUGUUUCAGCCAGGCCAGAUAAAGGCAGGACAGUACACAGCAGACACUAAGACAGCAGGGAGUGUGUGCCUUAUGCUGCAAGUGGCUCUGCCAUGUGCAGCAUUUGCUAAUGGAGUUGUGACUGUGACUUUGUAUGGUGGCACUGAUACUGACAUGGCACCUCCAAUAGACCAUUACUGCUGUGUUUUUCGUCCAAUAGCUGAGAAAUUUGGCAUGAAAUUUGACUGCGUCGUCAGAAAAAGAGGAUAUUAUCCUAAAGGAGGAGGGGAGGUUGUCACGACUUCUCACCCAGUCAAAGUCUUAACUGCCAUAGACUUGACAAACAGGGGUUCUGUGACCCGAAUCUUUGGCAGGGCUUUUGUGGCAGGUGUCUUACCUAUCAAGGUUGCCCACAUUAUGGCACAAAGUGCUGAACGCUUGUUGAGGGAGGACCAUGCAGGACUUGCAAUAAAGAUCGAUGCACUGAAGGAACCAGAUGGCGCUGCUGUGGGCACAGGAACUGGCAUCAUACUUGUGGCAGAAACCAGCACUGGCUGUUUGCUUGCAGGUUCAGCUCUUGGCAAAAAAGGUGUGCCUGCUGAGAAAGUGGGUUUUGAUGCAGCGCAAAUGUUAUUAGACAACCUGAAACAUGGUGGAGCCGUGGAUGACUAUUUGCAAGACCAGCUAAUUCUCCUGAUGGCUUUGGCAAGUGGUAAAUCACAAAUGCUGUGUGGGCCAAUAACAUUGCACACAGAAACAGCCAUACACGUGGCCAAGCUGCUCACUCAGGCAACGUUCAAGAUCAAGAAAGUCACUGAAACCUCCAACAUUGUAGAGUGCGAGGGUAUAGGGCUUACAAACAGCCAUAUUUGAUCAUAUCAAUGCUGACACCUGUGUAGAUGAUUAUUGGAUUGUAAAAAUAAUAGCUGUGUACUAAGAGGUUUUGAUAUGAAUACUUUAAGAAAAUGUGUUUCAAAGCUUAUCUGUACACCAGCCUUGACUCUGACCUUUUUAUUGUCAGCUGCUGCUAACAUUUGAAUACAAACAUACAAGAUAUCCUUUGACAGUUGAUCGAUUGGGUAGAAGUGUAUUGGUAUUGUUUGGUUGCAAUGAAGUUAGUGUGUGUGGACACCAUAUUUUAGUUUCAGUUGAUGCUACGAGCUCCCCCAAUUCAAGGACAGGUGUGUGCAUCAUAAAUAAUCAUGGUUAUUAAAAGUCUGGGUAGAGAUUAUGUUUCAUGGGGCUGUGCUACCUUGUGAUUUCUAGGAUCCUAGGUGAUAGCAGCAGGUUAUGCAGUUCUGACAUGCUGCAUUGUCCUAGCACAGACUGCAUGGCUGACAUUCCAACAAUGUGACAUUCUCCUAGCACGGACUGCAUGACAUGUUUUCAUUCACACAGGACAGUUUGUGGAGGGAGAUUUGAAAAUAGUUUGCUCCUGUGACAUGCAGAAAAACUCCUGCAUUAAAGGACAAUCAACAUGC